AUGAAUUCAACGACUCUAGUGUUGAGUGGAACUGUCGUGCAAAACCCGACAAUUCUAACGGUCCUAGAGAUCACAACUACUACGUCCAACAUUGCCCAAGAAGAUAUUAAUGUAUCUCCUAAAGGCAUAACAAUUACCAACGUGUUUGUACAGAAUACAACAGAGGCGGUGACAAUUGGAACCACUGCGCAGACUUCAGAGGCAGCGGCAUCAAGCCAAGAAGGAAUCUCACCCAGCGCGUCGUCUACAGUUAUGAGUGAUGAGAAGCCAACUGACCACGAAGAGCCAUCGGACAGAUCGUCGGAUGGACUCAAAGGCGGCCCUGUCGCUGGAGUUGCCAUCGGCUGCCUCAUUGCUGGUCUUGCUCUGGGACUCAUAGCAGCCUUUCUACUUCUCCGGAGACGGCGAAGAGGCAAACCAGAAAACCAAGGAUUCGUUUUAGCAAACCAAAAAUACACGGAACCCAAGGAUGGGACACAGGUCAUAGUUUCAUCGUCGAGGCACGAUGCUGAACUCAGCCAGUUUCUUCUCGAGGCAACUCCCGACAAGGACAUCCAAGCAGAGUUGCGCUCACUCUCCGAACUCAUUUACCAACAUGUCGAGAACUAUUACCGUCGACCCCGAGUCCAGGCCGACCCCGCCGAGGUGGCUCAGAGCCUUAUCAAUAUUGGCUACUCACCAGAAGCGUCGGGAUUGCAGGCAGACACAGUUGCUACCAUUUGCCUCAGCCCCAAGACCUCUCAGGUUGGACUUCGUCAUGUCCUCUCUCAUGUCAUCUUUCGGAGCCUCGAUUUCAAUUCUGGCAGCAGCUUGUCCAUGCUUCCACUAGCGGUUGCAACACUGGCGCAAAGAAGCCACUCAGCUGAAAAUGCAAACAAUCCUGCAACUGUCUUGGCACGUUCAAGGUGGCGCACACUCUCUGCUCUGCUUCUCCAUCCUAACCCGGGUGAGAGAACACCACUCCCAGUGUCAGUGACAGAAGCUUCCCCUAUGGCUCUGUCUCUGGCGAAUGAGCUAAACCGAUUCUUGGAGAUGUUUGUUACACAAGACCCUGCUAACCAACAGGAUCAGAUGAACCAUCUGCAGGCUGUCAUUCUUGAGUGUACCAAACUGGGCUAUGUCGUUCUAUCACAGCCGAGUGACUGGGGUUUCGUUUUUAGCAACAGUACACCCAUUACAAAAAGCCGCAAGAUUGUCGUGUGUCCUGGUUUGGAAAGGCUCGGCCAAAACGAUGGAACGAGGUAUAGAUCGCCCAAGGAGGUCGUAGCACCGGAGACUGUGAGUCUGUGA